GGAGGAGCGAAAUUAUCCUGCACAGAUCCAGCCAGAGCAGACGGCCAGCAGUGAUCAGAGCACCUCCAGGCUUGCAGAUGUGGAAGGAGCGCUGUGCGAGUUCUAGUCCUGGGUGUCUGGCCCAGUGAUUCAACCCCAGACAGGAGCAGGAGGAAGCGGGGGAAAGGACAGCCAUGGGGUCGAGCCUGGGCCAGGAUGUAGGCUGGCUCCUGCCUUUCCUGUUCUUGCUACUGAUGAUCACGGUGUCACCCACCCAGAGCCAAGGAUGUCCCCAACGUUGUGAGUGCAUUGCAAAGCUCAAGACUGUGUCCUGUUAUGGUAAACGCCUGUCUGCACUGCCAGAUGGCAUCCCACCGGACACCAAGAUCCUGGAUCUGAGUGGGAAUAAACUUCGCUGGGUAGAACAUGGAGACCUGCUUCCAUAUCCACGUCUUGAAAAGCUUGACCUGAGUGAGAACAUGAUUAGUGUCCUGGAACCGAAUGCUUUUUCUAGUCUCCAGAACCUGCAGUCACUUUCACUGAGGGGUAACCAGUUGAAACUGGUUCCCAUGGGAGCUUUUUCACGUCUCUCCAACCUAACUUCCCUCGACCUCAGUGGGAAUAAGAUUGUUAUUCUUCUGGACUUUACCUUCCAAGACCUGAAAAAUCUAAAAAACCUGGAAGUUGGAGACAAUGAUCUGGUUUACAUCUCCAACAAGGCCUUUCUGGGUCUAGUGGGGCUGAGGGAGCUGACCAUUGAGAGGUGCAACCUGACUUCUGUGUCCAGCCAGUCUUUGUCUUACCUGCACAACCUGGUGACUCUGCGGCUCCGCUACCUCAGUAUCUCCGCCUUAGAGGACCAGAACUUCCGGAAGCUGGGAAACCUGAGGGGGCUUGAGAUUGAUCACUGGCCCUUUUUGGAGUACAUUUCCCCUCAUAGCCUGCAGGGUCUUAACUUGUCUUGGCUGUCUAUUACGCACACCAACAUCACGUCUGUGCCGACCUCUGCCCUGCGCAGUCUGGCCCACCUCACCAGCCUCAACCUCUCCUAUAACCCUAUCUCUGUGUUGGAGUCUUGGGCGCUGCGGGACCUUGUGAGGCUGAAGGAGCUGCAUCUUGUCAACACUAACCUGGCAGUAGUGCAGCCGUAUGCCCUGGGUGGUCUAAGGCAAAUUCGCCUUCUUAACCUCUCCACCAACAACCUGGUGACCCUGGAGGAGGGAGCCUUUCAAUCUGUCAACACUCUGGAGACACUGCGUUUGGAUGCAAACCCUCUGGCCUGCGACUGCCGCUUGCUCUGGAUCCUUCAGCGCAGGAAGACCCUCAAUUUUGACGGUGCCUCCCCAGUGUGUAUGAUGCCCGUUGAGGUGCAAGGACGGGCUCUUAACGCUUUCUCUGACUCAGCUCUCUUUGAUCACUUUACUUGCCAGAAGCCCAAAAUCCGCAACAGGAAACUGCAGCAGAUAUCUGCUCGUGAGGGACAGGUCGUGUCAUUCAUUUGCAAAGCAGAAGGUGAGCCAACACCGGUGAUAUUCUGGAUUUCUCCUCAGCGCCGCCGCAUCACCACAAAGAGCAGCGGUCGCCUAACUGUAUUGCCAGAAGGAACAUUAGAAAUACGGUACGCCCAGGUAACAGAUAGUGGAACUUACAUCUGCAUAGCCAGUAACGCUGGUGGAAAUGACACCUAUUUUGCCACGCUUACAGUUAGUGGGCUGCCGCUAGAUGCAGCUCUUAUGGCCAACCGUACUUACUAUGCUGGGGACCUUAAUGACACAAAUCUAAAUGAUACCAGAGUCUUCUUGAAGUUUACUCUGGACCUCAAGACCAUCCUCAUAUCCACAGCUAUGGGCUGUAUCAUGUUCCUGGGUGUGGUCCUGUUCUGUUUCAUUCUGCUUUUUGUGUGGAGUCGAGGGAGAGGACAGCACAAGAACAAUUUCUCAGUGGAGUAUUCUUUCAGAAAAGUGGAUGGACCUGCUGCCAGUGGAGGACAGGGCGGGGCACGCAAGUUCAACAUGAAAAUGAUUUGAUUAUUUGGGUCUGUUUUUCUUAUUAGUAUACUUUCCCUGACACUGUUUACAAGCAGUCUCAAGCUAGGACAUGGAAGGGAUAUAAAAACACUGGAAUAGGCAUCCAUGCUCGCAAAACAUUAGAAACAGUUAUUUAUAGGACAUUUUAUUGAUACAAGUUUUUGUUAUUGAAAAACGACUAUGUAUAGAAAAAAAGGCAAUCUGUAUGGAUUUGAUAUACUGUAUUUCUACUGCUCUUUAUUGUGUGUCCACAUUGUUGUGUAGAUGAAAUCUGGAUUAUAUUUAAAGAUGUCUCAAAAUCUUGAAUAGACUGUUAAAAGACCAAACAACAACAGCACUCAGAGUUCCACCAGUCUUUAACCUAUACAAAGCUCUUGCCAACUCCACCUUUCUUCCCUACAAGGAUCUCUGUCCUCUUCAUCUUUAAAGGACUUCACCUCUCCGCUAUGUCUGAGGUGAUUCAAGCUCUCUGUCUCCAAACCCAUGAAUACAUAAUAACAGGGUGGUGCUCAAUGAAUGCCAAGGACUUGCCAAUAUGUAUUUGAGUAGUUUUAGCUAUAUACUGCAUAUUUAGACUCGUCUACAGUCAGGACUUUAGAGCACUACUAUAACCAUGAAUAUAGAGGCUCUGCUUUUUUUUUUGCUGAUGGUGGGUUUGUAUAGAAUGCAUUAGAUACCAAGAGUCUACACUCUACAACACUGCCAAUUUGACCACAAAGCACCAUGUAAUAUCACUGUCAAUGCAAAGCCAUGGUAGAAAAGAGAAGUUGCUUCUCAUUGGAUAUACUGUAAGUUAGUCAAAGAAGUUUAACGCAAAUAUUGGGCUCUACCUGUUUAGCUACAAUUACGGGACCCAUGCACAGUAGUGUGGUGACAGAUCAGCACAUGCAGAUAGUCAGAUUUUCCAUAUAGUAGACACACUGGACAAGACUCUUGCCCUCUUAAUCUGAAAAUCCUGUGUAAAGAUGAACGCAUGCACAGAGUUGGCUUCUUACUUUGAAUAAUGUGUAUUAUUUGUAAAUUUAACAUUUGGUGGGGUGCAUUCAUCCCAAUGUUGAACAGAUCAUACUGUAUAGGUAGAAUAUAUGCUGUAUAAGAUGUAUUAUAGAUUUUGUAAUCAUUGAUAUUCUUGUGGUUGUUUAUAGUAAUGUUGAGUGAUCAGACUUUACUGUAAUUCUACUGUUAAAAGUCUUUUUUUUUUUUUUUUUUUUCAAAUCAGUGAAAUCCAAUCCAGGUAGAAACAGAACUUUUACAAUCUCACCUCAUCAUAUCAUCAGAUAGAGACAUGUCUCCUCGCUCCCUGAGCACACACAACAAAUCAUGAAGGACGUUUAAGUCCGGUUUUAGUUCACUUGCAUAUAUUUCUGACUGCAAAUGUGACAGCGGGGAGGCUCAGCUGACCAGCAGGGGAAGGAGUUAAGUGGGUUCUCAUUGGGACCUCGAUUUGUGUGAGACAUGCAGGGAAAAAUGCUAAUGUGAUAAAGACCUUGCAGACUGGAACAAAGGUCAUCAUGAAACUGAGCCAGAAAGAGGACAGGGAGUUGAGGUAUUACAGGAAGACACUGACACUGUUACAACAAAGGGCUGGAUGCUAGCCUGGAACAAUAUAAGACAGGUGUGCAACAUUUUGUACAAGUUUGGAUUAAAGUGGUUUUCAAGGUGAUUCCAAGAUGCAGAAUUGAGGUGCAGUUACUUGAUUUCAAGAAAAUUUCUUGAUCUCAAAAAGAGUUUUACCAUUACAAAUGGUUUCUGUAUUUCAUCACACAAAAAGCAUUAGUUUAUUCAUAUACCGAUGAAUGCAGUUUGUAUUUACAGUGUUUUUUGUUCUUUCACAUCAUAUCAGCUGAAAACAACAUUCAUGCAAAUGUGUGAGUUUUAGGGCCUUACAAAACAUCUGUGGUAGUUUCUGUACCACACAGCCAGACCCCAGAGGCAUGAAAUCCAGUUUCCCUCACAGCUUCAGACAUAAUUUGGAGAGAGUGAGAAAACAGGCAAACUGAAUAUACUAUUCUAACCUCAAAGCACAGCCUAUUUUUUGAUCUGAGUCUAUCCCCGAGAUCCAAGACCACCUGUUCAGAAAUCAGCCCAUCCUGUUUAACUUCAACUACUCUGCUUUUAACACUGUUACUCUGCUGCCCUCUGUUGUCUACAGAUGGCAAUGCAUUCAUCAUGACCUCUUCAACUUAACAGUAAGCAGUUUAUUCCAUUUCCCAUGAGGCAAUUAUGAAACUGAUGGAGGGCUGACCAGGAUCCCGUCGUACUGGAAGUGAAAGUGAAUUUUGUGCUACGACUAAUACAACAUUCCUCACACAGCAAACCCUCUUCCUCUGCUGCUUCUGCAGCUCAUAAUUAAAGGUAGAAACUGAGGAGAAAAUGGAGCGUCACCCCGUGUUACAUCAUUCACCCACAUAUACUGCACAACAGAUUUUACAAUGAAAAUGAUCAAUAAUGAACCGUGAACAUGUUCAUGACAUCGUUUGUCAGAGUUAAGCUUCCUCUCUGUGAUUUGAAAAUGUAAACAAUUCAGUUGUUUUUUUCAUUGUCCUUUGGUGAGUUCAUCCUGUAAAUAUAGCAGCCAUUGUGUCUGGAAGUUGUGCUAGACUGUUUUGUAUUGUAUUGUUUUAUAAAAAUGAAGCACACUGUUUAUAAAGCAUGCAAAUACUAUCCGCUAUGACGAUGUCUUGUCCCCUGUCCCAUUUUUAUAGCAGUUAUCUGGUCUCUUGACCCUUAUGGUGGCAGUCUGACAAGAUGAUUGAGUCUAAAUUACACCUGUGACCCUGUCACUGUGAGAGUUUGUGUUGCAGUUGCUAUUUUUUUUCCCCAGGAGUUUGUCAUAUUUUAAUUUUAAAAAAUCAGUUAAGUCAGAUGGAUGGAUGUGCUAGCUGCACCACAGAUAAAGAUAUACUGCUUAGAAGAAAACAUUCUUGCCCUGUUUCACCUUAAUGAUAUUGGUACUGCCUGCAUACACUGUAUGAGGAGGGUUAUCAUUCA